AUGGGUGACUUUGUGAGUGAGCAAAAAUCCAUCAACUCUCAACUAAAUCAGAAGAUUGACAACAUAGAGAGUACAUUGAACAAGAAGAUAGAUGGGAUGCAUAAUGAGUUGUCUCAGAAAAUAGACAACAUCCAAUAUUCCAUCUCAAGGCUCACAAAUUUGAACACUGUCAAUAAGAAAGGGAAGUUUCCCUCUCAGCCUCACCAAAAUCCUAAGGAGAUACAUGAAGUGGAAUCCAAAGAUGAGGAUUCUUCAAAGGUGAGGGACGUGCAAGCUAUUAUCACUUUGAGAAGUGGUAAGGAAGUGCAUCAGCCGGAGCAUGAUCAGAGGAAAGCCAAAGAAGACAAGGCUGAUAGAAAAGAACAAAAGGGAAAGGAAGUUCAGAUGAAAGAAAGCAUCAUUCCUAGCAUGGAUGAGGAACCUCAAAUUCUUUUAAAGGAAGGCAUGAUGAAGAAGCACAUACCUCCUCCAUUUCCUCAAGCCUUGCAUGGGAAGAAACCGAUCAAGAAUGCUUCUGAGAUUCUUGAUGACUUGUGCACUGUGAAAAGAGGACUCAAUGUCACAAAGCAAGCCUUCCUAACUGAGCAAGUGAGUGUUAUAAUCCAAUGCAAGUCUCCAAUCAAGUACAAAGAUCCGGGGUGUCCUACAAUCUCAGUCAAUAUUGGAGGAAUCCAAGUGGAGAAGGCAUUGCUUGAUUUGGGGGCAAAUGUUAGCUUGCUUCCAUACUCUGUAUACAAGGAGCUGGGGUUGGGAGAACUCAAGCCAACAUCGAUCACCCUAUCCUUAGCUGACCGAUUAGUGAAAAUCCCCAGGGGGGUAAUAGAGGAUGUAUUGGUUCAAGUUGAGAAAUUCUACUAUCCAGUAGAUUUUGUGGUGCUUGAUACGGAUCCCAUUGUCAAAGGGAUCAACUAUGUUCCAAUCAUCCUUGGAAGACCAUUCCUUGCAACAUCCAAUGCAACCAUCAAUUGUAGGAAUGGGGUCAUGCAACUCACUUUUGGGAAUAUGACAUUGGAACUCAACAUCUUCCAUCUAUGUCAAAAGCACAUCCAUCCUGAAGAAGAUGAGGGCCCAGAAGAAGUGUGUAUGAUAGAUACCCUGGUGGAGGAGCAUUGUAAUCAGAGUAUGCUUGAUCAGUUUGAAGAGAAUCCAGAUGAAAACCAUGAAGAUCUUGAUGAUGGGUUAGCUGAACCCAUGGGAAUGAAUGCCAUUAUGUCAAACCGGAGACAAAAGCCAGUGAUCCUCCCUUUGUUCAAGGAUGAGGAAGAGAUGAAAGAAGCUAAGGAUGCAAUCCUUAAGCUUGAAUUGAAGACCCUUCCUGCCGAGUUGAAGUAUGCUUACUUGGAGGAAGGUAAUAAAGCCCCGGUGGUAAUUUCUUCUUCUUUAACCAUUUCACAAGAGGACAAUCUUCUAAGAAUCCUUAGAAAGCACAAGAAGGCCAUCGGAUGGCAAAUUUCUGAUUUGAAGGGGAUAAGCCCAUUGAUUUGCACGCACCAUAUUUAUAUGGAGGAGGGAGCUAAGCCAACUCGUCAGCCACAGAGGAGAUUGAAUCCUCAUAUGCAAGAGAUAGUAAGGGCUGAAGUGUUGAAGCUUCUUCAAGCGGGCAUCAUUUACCCCAUUUUAGAUAGCACUUGGGUGAGUCCAACCCAAGUUGUUCCAAAGAAGUCCGGGAUAACCGUAGUCAAGGGGGAAAAUGGAGAUGAAGUGUCCACACGCCUCACAACUGGUUGGAGGGUGUGCAUUGACUACAGGAAGCUGAACACAGAUGCCAAGUUUGAGUGGGAUGAUAAAUGUCAAAGGAGUUUUGAGCUUCUUAAGCAAUUCUUGACAUUAGCGCCCAUUGUGAGAGCACCAAAUUGGGAGUUGCCAUUGAAGUGA